AUGCCGUGGACUGGGGUGAACCCGGUGCAGGACCCUCCCGAGUAUGACCCAGAGAACAAGUAUGCAGACCCUGUGCUGUAUUACAGGCACCGCGAGGCCGCUGUGACGGAGGCCUACAUCAAGGUCUCGGAGGCCAAGGUCCUGCGUCGCAAGCUCAAGGAGUGCUACCGGACAGAGGGCAUCGACCACCUCACCCAGUGCAAGGAGGUCGCACAAAAGUACCUGGAGGCCAUCAAGGGCGUGGGCAUCUACAAGGCCAACUCUGGCCCGCAUGACAAGGCCACCUGGGCCAAGGACAAGCAAUGA